CUUGCACCUGACCAUGACAUCGACGACCCAAGCCGAGGAGCUGACGGACAAGAACCUUGAGGCAUACAUCACGAGACUCGUGAGCGAGAAGGGCGAUGACGUCAGCCUUCCUGUUGAUGCGCUUACCAACUCGUUUGGCGAGAAUCUCAAGCUUAUGUUGGCCGGUGGAGAGAUGCGCGAGUACUUUGAAAAUGCAUGCAAGCUUCAAGGCCAAGAUGUGGAUGUCGUGCUGAAGAAACUGGACUCCCUGCUGCCUGAAGUAAACGCCAUGCACAAGGCAAUCCAGCAAUCUCAGCUGGAAGAUGAGGAGCUGUCUGAACCACAAGGCUCCACGGCCGUCCGCCUGGACAUUGCUAACUGGACACCGCUGCUCUUCGCCACGUACGAUGGAGCUAUCGACGACGUCAAGGCCAUUGUAGCCCAAGAAGGCGACGCUGCCAUCCACCACGCUCUCAAGAGCAACGGCGUGACUCCGAUCUUCCUCGCCUCCAAGUACGGACACUUCGAAUUGGUGACAUAUCUGGUGGACCACGGGGCCAAGCUUGACACUGCGGCGGCGGAUGGGUUUACCUCGCUGCACACCAGUGCACGCAAUGGACAUUUGGAAGUGGUGACAUAUCUGGUGGACCACGGGGCCGCCGUGGACGCCAUCACCAACGAAGGACAUACCGCUUUGCAUUUGAGCGCACUGAAUGGACAUUUGGAAGUGGUGACACUUCUGGCCCCUCUGAGCUCAAUCGACCAAGCUACGAACGACGGAUCGACGGCGUUUGUCUUGGCGGCGCUUGGAGGUCACGUGGACGUUCUCGCCUUUUUGGUAGAAAGUGGGACCAACGACCUGGCCACCAUCUCAGAUGGCCAGACUGCGUUGCAUGUUGCGGCGGCGAAAGGACAUUUGAGCGCGGUGAAGUUUAUCCUGGGCCGCCACGAGUACGCCGCCUACGAGUCAACCUGUGAAGUGUCCCCGCUGGUCGUGGCGUCCCGCAAUGGACAUUUGGAGGUGGUGCAAUUCCUCGUCCAGGACCACGGCGCCAAGUUCUCUUCGGAUGGCUCUGUGACAGAGCUGGGCAUUGCCGCCUACGGAGGGCAUGUUGAAUUGGUGCGAUUCUUGAUCCAAGCUGGCGCGUCCGUCGAAGCAUCGACCGACGACGGCACCACACCCCUCUUCGCAGCUAUCAUGGCAAACAAUGCCCACUACCUUGACGUGGUCGAAGUGCUGGUCUCUCUCGGCGGAGCCAACCUCCAAGCUCAGCUGACGACGACUGGAGAAACGGUGUUGCAUUAUGCGGCAGGUGCUGGUCGCUUGGAUGCGACGAGGUUCUUGCUCGGCAAAGGGGCGGCUGUCGACACUACGGACGCUUCUGGAGCCACGCCAUUGUUUUUGGCAAGUCAACACGGCAAGUGGGCAGUUGUCAACGCUCUGCUAACACAUGGUGCCAAUGUCGAUGUGGCUAACGCGGAAGGCACAACCCCGUUGAUUGUGGCUGCCGAGAAGGGCGAUAUUCUCAUUGUCAAGGAGCUCCUGGGCAAAGACGCUUCCAUUUCGCUCCAAAACAAGGCUGGAAAGACGGCUCGGGAUGUCGCGCUGGCCAACAAACACGCCGCCGUGGUCACUGCGAUCGACGAGAGUCAGUUGACGGGGCCCAAGCUGUACCAGGCAGUUUACCGCAACGACAUUGAUGCCGUUCGUGCGUUGCUAGAGCGUGGCGCCGAUCCCACGUGGAAGACUGUGGCUGGCAAAAUGCCCAUCGACAUUGCACGGGGCGACCCAGCCAUUCUGGCGCUGCUCGAAGAACGCAUUGCCGCCAACAAUACCGCGAAACCCAAGGGAACCAAGGAAACUAAGCGACCCAAAGCCAAGGAGAACAAGUGCCAAAUUAUGUAGUCGGCCUGGCCUGGCGAUACUAAUGUCGUUGGAUCCAUAAUUGACUUUGUGUGUUAUGUGUUA